AAGAGGAAGUUUCUCUUGUGAGCUCUGCCUGGCUCGUCCGAAUUCGGUGGCGCCACGUCCGUCGGUCUCCGCCUCCUGCACGGCGGCUGCGCUCCUACUUUCCCUGGCCGAGCCGGUCGAGGAGCGCGGGGUGGGCACGGGAGGACGCGCGGCGCUGCGCAGCCGGCCACCUGACGGGUGACCAUGUCGGACAUCGGGGACUGGUUCAGGAGCAUCCCGGCCAUCACACGCUACUGGUUUGCUGCCACCGUCGCGGUCCCUUUGAUCGGCAAGCUCGGUAUUAUCAGCCCGGCCUACUUCUUCCUCUGGCCCGAAGCCUUCCUCUAUCGCUUCCAGAUAUGGAGGCCAUUCACUGCCACCUUUUAUUUCCCCGUGGGUCCAGGAACUGGAUUUCUUUAUUUGGUCAAUUUAUAUUUCUUAUAUCAGUAUUCUACACGACUUGAAGCAGGAGCUUUUGAUGGGAGGCCAGCAGACUAUUUGUUCAUGCUUCUCUUUAACUGGAUUUGCAUCGUGAUUACUGGUUUAGCAAUGGAUAUGCAGUUGCUGAUGAUUCCUCUGAUCAUGUCGGUCCUUUAUGUCUGGGCCCAGCUGAACAGAGACCUGAUCGUAUCAUUUUGGUUUGGAACACGAUUUAAGGCUUGCUACUUACCUUGGGUUAUCCUCGGAUUCAACUAUAUCAUUGGAGGCUCGGUGAUCAAUGAGCUCAUUGGAAACCUCGUUGGACAUCUUUAUUUCUUCCUGAUGUUCAGAUAUCCAAUGGACUUGGGAGGAAGGAAUUUUCUGUCCACACCUCAGUUUUUGUACCGCUGGCUACCCAGCAGGAGAGGAGGGGUGUCAGGGUUUGGUGUGCCCCCUGCCAGCAUGAGGAGAGCUGCUGAUCAGAAUGGCGGAGGUGGGAGACACAACUGGGGCCAGGGCUUCCGACUUGGAGACCAGUGAGGAGCAGCCCUUGGCCUGCCCACCAGCCAUGCUAAGCAGAUGACAGUUUCCUCCCAGUACUGGGCACGCUUAAUGGCCAAGUUGUUGCUGCCGCUCUUGGACCUGACCCACGCUGAAUGUAGUCUUUCAGUACAAGACGACAUUUUUAAAUCCUGAAGGAAAAUACAAGUGUUCCUCAAGUUUCAUGAUUUUCAUUCAAGUCUUUACUGCUAUGAAGAACAAAUAUCAGCUGUGCAGAUUUCAAAACUGACUCAUUUUCUGGUCUUCUCUUCUUCCCUUUCCAUCUGAAUAAUGGGCUGGGUAAGUGGGGUUGGUUAGCCGCGCCCUGCCAAAGGACCCCUUCCUCUUUCUCACACACAUGUCCCCAGAGUUGCAACAGGAGUGGUCCACAAAAUGGUUUUGCCUUUGACAAAUUCUUAUUUAUUGACUUUUUGCCAAAGCUUGGUCACAAAGAGCUUGUUCACACAUCGCUCUCAGCUGUUGCUGGCGGGACUGUGACAGUAGGGAGAAGACUGGAGCGGAGGCCGAAGAGUUUUCUCAGCGGUGGGGACUCUGUCGGCCAGACAGCAGCGCGGCCACUUGCUGCCUCUGCAGAUGUUUUUAUACGAAAAGCACCACUGAGUCAGUGAGGCCCCGGGGAGUAAUGAGGUUAGGAGUUGUCGCUAGGCACUUCUCUCCCCCUAAGCCAAGUGAUCAAAACCAUAGUGGAGCCGCUUCUAACGCAGAGAAUGGGUUUCUUCCAUGGGUGCGCUCUGCUGGCUUUGUGUACCCAGAGCCGUUGUGCUGUGCAGUGCUGUGUUAGGAGGUUCCAGAUCCUGUUGGCCAGACUUGUCCCUGGAGGCAGGCUUCAGGGCUUUGUUUCCGUUUCAUCCUCACUGUGGAUGUGUGUUCAUUGAGUCAGCAGAGGAGAAAGUGUCAGACUCUUUAGAUUUUUCUUUCAUUGCUUUUGUCCCUUAAUUUUUUUGGUCAGGUGUUUUGGUUACUGGUGAGGGAAGUAUGGCUCUUUGGGUGUGUAUCAGUCAAUCAGUUUUUAAGGCUGAUAGCACACCUGAGUAAGUGACACAUAACUAGAGGUUCCAAUAGCUUUAGAAUUAUUUGUCUUUGUUAUCUUGGGUCAUGCAUGUAUACAUUUGUGAAUUAGACCUACUCUCUUUUUAUAGGUGGGCUUUUGCCAGCCGAGCUUGGCUCAUCACUAAAUAAAAUUUUCUGAAGGCUACAGUGCUUUAUAUAGUUAGUUUAUGCUUUUAUUCUGAAACCAGACUGCUGGGAACAAUGUGGUGUGGCCGCUAUACUUUGAAUAUUGUCCAAACGUUUCCAGUACUUUGGUUGGUUCCUUGCAGGAAAUGUGCCCUAACAGUAUGUCUUGUCUUUAUCUGCUCAUUAAAACUGUGAUGUGUGUUGUAUUAGGAAGUGGGAGUUUGAAAAUUUGUGUACCUCUCCAUAUUUAAUUUAUAUGAUAAAAAAUUGGGUGGAGAGAGGCUGAACCGAAAUGCCCAGAUUCUCCUGCUGUCCUGAGGCUUUACAAAAUGUGUUUGUAAAAUUCCACAUUCUCCCUAUGGCAUUGCAUAGGCUCUCCCUGUGCAAGGUGGAGGCUCGAACUCGGAAAGGACUGUCCCAGUGAGAGAGCAGGAGAUUGUGCUACACUCUCUUACCAGGCUGGCUCCUGAGAGCACUGUCUUUUCUAAGGGUCUGCAAGUAUGUAGAACUUUUCUCUUCAAGGCAAAAUGUUCAUUAAAUUCUUUCGCUGAUCAUUUUAUUAUCUUGCCUGGAUUACCAGUCCUUCUGGGAUAGUUGUACCAAAGUGAGCUGUUUUAGUUUUGACUUCACAAGGUAAGACAUCACAGUGGGUUCUCUUUAUGAAUGUGAAAAAAAAAACUUAUUUUGUACAGACAGCUUUCCUUUUUGUAACUAAUCCUUUUUACUGGUAAAUAUUGUAAAUUAAACUGUGCAACUUGAAGGCUGUCUAUGUUAAGUUUCCAUACCUCUGCUGUGCUGUGUUGUAUGAUGUACUUUAUGUUAUUGUCUUCACUGGAUCAGUUUUAUGUGAUUUCCAGUAGGUUUUGAUUAGCAAGACACAGCAAGCCUUUUGUAUAUGAUGUUGUUCAUAUAUUAGAGAAUGUUGGAAUUCCUGGAAGAAUUAGUACUGAGUUUUCCUUUGUGUGAGAGAGAGUGUGUGUGAGUGUAAAUGUAUAUAUGUGUGAGAGUGUAUGAGUGUGAGAAUGAAUGUGUGUGUAAAUCUUUGAGAGUGUAUGUGAGAAUGAGCAGGCACGUGUGUGCGGUGUGUAUGUAUGUAUUGUGGGUCUUGGUAUAUAGCCCAGACUGUCUGUAAACUUGGGAUACUCGGCCUCCCAAGUUCUUGAAUUAGGCGUACACCACCACCUCUGGAAGGAGGGUGCUUCCAGAUUUUAGGUUUUCACCCAUGGGUGUGAGUGUUGGAACUCUGGAACUAUAUAAACCCUUCCUUACGUAGGAAGCCCAGAGUAGAAGGCACAUGCCUAGUUUUUUAUCUUAAAGGUGAACAGUUUGAGUAUGGUUUCCUGGCCUUCCAGUGCAACACAAAGAAGCAGAGCCUUGCAUCUCCUCUCUCUGUUUAAUAGAGAAAUAAUAGAACACGAAGGAAAGAUCCUAUUUAUUUGAAAUGAUGGGACACCGCCAGCCUUGUGAUGUUCUGAGCUACCUUUUGAAUGGCACUAAUAAUAGGCAGUGUCUCAGUUGCCAGCAUCUUCAUUGCCAAUUGUGAGAUCCCUUGCCAGUUUACAUUUUCAAUAGUGACAAUACUAAAUAAUAAAACUUGUUAACCCUUGGGCAAAGGUAUGAAUCUUCCUGGAUUUCUCCCUGAUAGUAUCUUAGAAGCCUGGCCUGGGCAGCUGUGUUUGCUGGCAGUUUGCUUUCUAAAGUGGCUCUGGGUUGGGAUUGGGUGAUGGCGUGCACAGCCUGUGCUUCCUUGGGUGUGUGGUUUAAGCCCAGGGCUCCUGUCCCCUGGUUCCCUUUUUCCACACUUUUCUCUCUGAUCUGUCCUGACAUGUUAAUGUCUAUAUGCAGGUGUAUUCCGUUGUGAAUAUUUUAGGACUCCUUGGCUUCUGACAUGAAACUCAUUUGGGAUUGGGGCCUGGGGGGAGUAGUUAUCUUGUGUCUUUUCCUUUCUACAUGUUUAUAAAGUUUCUGGUAAUUCUGAUACUCAGUUGGCUUUGGGAACCAGUGCUUAA